UGCUUCCGACGCAAACUCCGACACUGGCAUCAGACUUUCUUGUGCAGCAUACGUUUGCGAAGCGGGGGGACCAGUAGACAACGGUCCGAGGCCCAACCCGCGGGCAAACCGCCUACCAGUGACCCCAAAUAAACUUUAAAGUUUCGAUGCUUCAGAAAUAGAAGGUAAGCGGCUGGAAUGAAGAAUACGCCAAUGGAGAGAGGGGGCAAUGCGAUUACGAACCGAAACGAUCAUCUGCAAGUGAACCGAACCGUGCUUGGCCUAGAAGGACGAUCUCAACUGGCGGUACCGUCUUCAAGGGCGGAUUCCCCUUUCAGAGUUGCGCAGGCGGCACCAUAUACUAGCGGAACUUUAAUCGUCCAGGGGGUGAGUCCGACAGCAGCCCAUGCGAUGGGCGCAGAGGCAUAUGAAUUACAUGGGGCUGCAAUGGGCACACACAGGACAUUCAGGCAACAAAAUGCACAAUACACUCGGACACUCGGGUCCCAGCCAGGUGAUCGACUGGGCCUGUGGCUAGUUUCGGUGUGACACCCUGACUUUAAGGGUGAAAGGACCCCCAUCCGCGGUUGCAGCAGCUACCCCGGGAGCGACACGAGACAUUUGUCGCCCCCACCACUGCACGAUAAGUGCCUGUGCAGGGAGCAGCUUAUAUACACGCACGGCACCCGAUGAGUUUCCAAGAAUUUGCGACCAUAA